AUGGACACCGAAGGGCACGCAAAAUUGACCGACUACGUCUCUCAGUUCAUGGCAGCAGCGAGUGGCCAACCACAAUCACAGCCAUCUCAAUCCACAAUGAGCGCAAACUCAACACAACUGCCGGAAAGGCCGAAGCAAGAAGCUGAGACGGUCAGUGCAUCUGAGGAAUGGUCGCCAGCUUCUUGGAGGUCAAAACCCAUAAAGCAAGUUGUCACGUACGAAGACCAAGCUGCAGUCUCUUCUGCCUUGACCAAGCUAUCAAGUCUUCCGCCAAUCGUCACACCAACAGAAAUCGCCAGACUCAAGGCCAAUCUCCGCGAUGCUGCACUGGGAAAGUCGUUCCUGCUGCAAGGAGGCGACUGCGCUGAGCUGUUCUCUUACUGCGCAGACAACCCAAUCGAUGCAAAGAUCAAGCUCCUCCUGCAGAUGAGUUUAGUUUUGAUUUGGGGCUCAAACAAGCCUGUCAUUCGCAUUGGUCGUAUAGCCGGACAGUACGCCAAGCCAAGAUCAAGCCCGACUGAGAUGUUGAAUGGGAAAGAGGUUCCUAGCUUCCGUGGCGACAUCUUGAAUGGAUAUGAUCCUGACUCCCGAAGAGUUGACCCCGAGAGGCUAGUCAGCGCCUACUUCCACUCCGCAACGACACUGAACUACAUUCGCGGACAGCUGGCAAGUGGCAUCGCUGAUUUGCACAACCCUCUGGACUGGGAACUUGGUCAUGUUCGGGAUGAAGAGCUGCAGUCAAAGUACUCGAAGAUCGUACACAGCAUCUCCGACUCAUUGCGUUUCAUGAAGACUAUUGGUGCAGACACCUCUGGUCAGCUACAAACAGUAGACCUUUUCACUAGCCACGAAGGCCUCGUUCUAGAGUACGAGCAGAGCCUGACGAGGAGACUCAAGCACCCAGCUGGUUACAAGCCUUCGCAGCCAUCCAACGACAACAAGGGCUGGUACAACACUUCUGCUCAUUUCAUCUGGAUUGGAGACCGUACUCGCCAGAUCGAUGGAGGUCAUGUUGAGUACUUCCGUGGUAUUGAGAACCCUAUUGGUAUCAAGGUUGGACCUUCCAUGAAGAACGAUGAGCUGGUGGAGCUACUUGACAUUGUCAAUCCAAACAAGGAGAUCGGCAAGAUUACGUUGAUCACGCGCUAUGGUGCGGACAAGGUUGAGUCGAUGCUCGGCGCGCACAUCGAAGCUGUCAAGAGCAGCGGACACGUUGUAGUCUGGCAGUGCGACCCUAUGCACGGCAACACGCGCAGCACACCUACGGGCAUCAAGACCCGCUCUUUCAACAGCAUCUUCUCUGAGCUCUCAUCGGCACUCAAGAUCCACAAGGAACACGGGUCCUUCCUUGGUGGUAUGCACCUAGAACUCACAGGUGAUGCAGUCACAGAGUGCACUGGUGGAAGUGAAGGGCUAGUGGAUGAGGAUCUAAGUCUGAACUACACCACAUACUGCGAUCCCAGAUUGAACGAGAAGCAGGCGUUGGAGCUGGCUUUCUUGGUGGCGGGGCACUACCGCGCAGACGAAAAGCUCCUAUAG